AAUACUUCCGUCAGUCGGUCCACGUGCUGAGCAGACUCGUGCGUGUGAAUGCGGACCGAACCAGGCGGAACAGUCCGGCGCUCCGCCGUUAUGCGUGAGCUAGCAUUACACCUUAUGUAGUCUCCCUAAGACCGCGACUUGCUGCUCUUCACGACGCCAAGCGCGGAGACGUAACUUUACCCACACGUUGAUGUUGGCCGAGCUGUCAGCCAUGAUGUCCCAUGGUUUCAAGAGCAGCAGACAGGACUUCACUUUUGGUCCAUGGAAAGUGACUGCUGCCAAAACUCACAUCAUGAAAUCCAAAGAUAUUGAGCGGUUGGCAGAGGAGAUGAACAUGCCCUCCCUACCAGAGAUGCUGUUCGGGGACAACGUCCUGCGCAUCCAGCACACAGAUGGCUACGGCAUUGAGUUCAACGCGGUUGACGCCCUCAGGAGAGUCAACAACAUGGAGGACUCUGUGAAGGUGGCCUGCGCGCAGGAGUGGCAGGAGAGCAGGGUCGACUCAGAACAUACCAAAGAGGUCGGGAAGCGCUAUGACUGGACAUAUACCACCGACUAUAAGGGCACCUUGUUAGGAGGAGAUAUCCAGAUGAGGGUGGUCGAGACAUCGGAGCGAAUAAACAUGGAGAAGCUGAAGGCCAGGGAGCAGAUCAUGUUCUUUGACGAGGUGCUGCUGUUCGAGGACGAGCUUCAUGACCACGGCGUUUCAAUGAUCAGUGUAAAAAUUAGGGUGAUGCCCACCAGUUUCUUCUUGUUGAUGCGUUUCUUCCUACGAGUGGAUGGCGUGCUGAUCAGGAUAAACGACACGCGACUCUAUUAUGAGGCUGGAAAGAAGUACAUGCUCCGAGAAUUCAGCACAAGGGAAAGCAAAAUCGCAGAACUCAAGAAUGUUGCUGCUCAGUACACCGACCCCAAUGAAAUCGCCCCACAUUUGACCCUGAAGCUGACCGAGUGCGAGAAGCUGGAGCUUCCCGUGACGGACCACCAGUCAGCUGCUAACGAAGCCCUCCUGUGAAACGCAUGCAAUAAGCUCCACAGCAUCCCACGGUGAGGAGGGUCACGGCCAUCUCCCGACACAUUCGUUUCUUCAGAUCGCAUAAGAUUAAUACCGUAUGUAUGCUCACCCUUGGAUCCGCUCAGUUGCCAACGAGAAGUUUAGGUAUCCUUUAGUGACCUCACGUGUUGCUUUGGUUUAGACCACUCCAUGACGGAUGUUGCAGCUUGCAGUUUUGGAACUUUUGUGUGUUUUCUAUUUUAAGGUUAAAAAUUGUGUAUUUACUUCAAGCUAUGUUGACAGUGCUGCUAGAUGAACCAGGACAUCCUAGAGAGCCUCCAUCGGACGACAUGGUUUAAAAAGUUGCAACAUAUUUGCUCCAAUACAGUCUUUCAUCUUUCGGCUGGCUUUGACUUAUUUGCGUGAAACACAUUUUGUUGCAGUUGAACUGAUUGAUGCGAUUGGUGUAAGGCUAUCAAGUGUGUGACUGCUACCAUGGGGUUUUUAAAUGUUUUCAAUUGGUUGUUAUUUUUUUUCACCAUUUGUAGAAUUAAAUAUCCUGAAGUCAAA